AUGCCAUUGCUAUCGCCGCCGCCGCCGCCGACGGCGGCUCCCGGGUGCGGGAGGCGGAGGCUGAGCGGCCGACGAAGGCGACGAUCAAAGAGGAGGAACUGGGCAGCGCUGCCCCUGGACGUGAUGCUCUACGUCCUCCACAAGCUGGACGACGUCGAGCUCAUGUUCGGCGGCCCGGCCAGGGUGUGCCGCUCCUGGCACGACGCCGUGUGCGAGCCCGAGCUGUGGCGCCGGAUCGACAUGCGCGGCCGCUCCCGGCGCUUCCGGGAGGCGGUCAGCCUCAAAAAUAUGGCGCAGCUCUCCAUUUGGUUCAGCGCCGGGCAGUGUCGAGAGUUCUUCGGCCAGCACGACGUCGACAACGACCUCCUCCUCUUCCUGGCCGACCGGGCACCCUUAUUGAAGAGUCUUCAUCUUAUCAAGCAUUGUGAUGUAACCAGUGAAACAUUUGCAAAGGCAAUAAUGAAAUUCCCUUUGUUGGAUGAGCUCGAGCUUUGGGAAUGUGAGACACAUGAGACUGGGGUCUUUGACCUUGUUGCCAUGGCUUGUCCACAACUGAAGCACUUAAAACAUGUCAAAGAUAGGGGAUAUUCGCGAUAUAUCUGGCUUGAAUACCCUAUCGAUAACAGCGAAGCCUUGGCAAUUGCAAAGAUGCAUGAGCUACGCUCCCUAAAGCUUUUCCACGGUGGCCUUGACAACCAAGGAUUGACAGCCAUCCUUGAUGGCUGCCCUCAUCUGGAGUACCUUGACAUACGGUAUUGCAACAACAUCACCAUGGACAGCAACAUGCGAGCAAAGUGUGCCCGUGUUAAGAAGAAGAAAUUGUAUCCAUAUGGGCCAACUGAUAACUGGGAGUGUCCUUGGUCUGACAUCCAUGAUGACUUCACCAUUGAUUCUGAGUAUUUUGAGCCUAGCAUCACUGUUUGUAGUUGUUAUCGUCCAUGGGAUAGGGGGUAUUGGUGCUAUUGCGACGAUGAUGAGCCAGACUGUCGUUUUUUCAAUGCGGAGCCUUCUGACUCUGAGGACUCUGAUCAUUCUCGCUUCUUUAGUGGUGCUGAGGAGAGCGAGUUUGAGUAUUGGAGAACCUAA